AUGGAGGGAAAGUGGAGACGGACCCAAAGCAGCACCAAGCAGAGCGAGAGCCCAGCUGCCCCCGGUCCGAAGGCGUUUGGCUUCAGCCGUGUUGUCCUGAAGAGGAGGAUUACGGUUACUGAGCUUAGAAAAGCCAGACUCCCGCUCCAGCUCCAGCAGACGAGCUACUGCGCCUACGUGGUGCAGCGCAACGUGACGUGCACGCUGCAGGACGGGGCCGAGAGCUACGUCAAGGCCGAGUACCACAAGUGCAGCUGGGGACCCAAGUGCCCCGGCAAAGUGCUGUACCGCACCUUCUUCAGACCCAAAUACAAGAUUGGCUACAAGACAGUGACUGAGCUGGCCUGGAGGUGCUGCCCAGGCCUCAUGGGAGAAGGAUGCCAUGAUAGCCCGACCGACCAACCUGGCCUCCUACCCCAACAUCCCAGCCCUAAAAUGCCUCCUGGGCAAAAGAUGUUUCCACUCCCUAGGGUUCCUCCCCAUCCGAAAAGCCACCCUGACCUGUUCCCAGGACCAAAGAAGAAUCCAUAUGGCAGGAAGUUGCCUGGCCUUUUUGGAGACCGCCUGGAUCGACUGGAAGAAGAGGUGAGGCGCCUCUCCCAGGCCUAUGACAGUCUGCACACCAUGGUGAGCGGCCUGGGUGACCGCCUGCGGCUGGCUAUCCGGGAGGACACCACCAAGAUGAUUGGGUCCCUGAUGAACAGCCCAGGUGUGCCUGACUCAACGGUGGGCUUUGGCAUCAUUCCUGAUGGCCUGGUGGAUGUAGCAGACAAGGCUGACAUCACUGCAUACCCUCCUGUGGGGGAGAUCCUGACCAAAGUGACAGAGGUGAGUGACGUGCUGAAAACCAAGGCAGACUUGCUGCACGAGGUUCGUGGCAUGGUCCUGGACCACGACGGGCAGAUCAAGCACCUGCUGGAGUCAUCCCGGCCCUCACCCCUCACCUCCAUUGACCUCCUGGAGGAGUAUGUGGACACUCGACUGAGCAACCUGCGUGGAGAGCUGCUUGAUGGUUUUGAGAAGAAGCUGGGGAAGAUCCAGACCACGUGUGACUUCCGGAUCCAAGAAGUGCAACAGCAGUGUGAGGAGGAGAAAGCUGCCAACCUGCUGCUGCAGCAAACUCUGGAUGGGAAGGAGUUAGAGAUCAAGAAAGAGAUUUCCCAGCUGGAGACCCAGAUCCAAGGGCUGACGGUGGUGGAAAGCUGUUGCAGCAACCUGGACUACCUCACUGAUCGUAUGAACAUCCUGGAGAAAGGUCUGCACAGCAUCUCUGAGUCUCAGAAAAACUUGCACUCACGGCUGGAUGGAGAAGUCUCCACUGUCACCCUAGAAAACCUCUUUGAAGGGCGCUUUGAGGACCUGGAAGCCAGGCUCAAUGCUACAGAGAGGGAAACAGGGAGCUGCUGCUCCAGUAUAGAGGACAGCAUGCGAGGCAUUGUGGUAGCAGAGGUGGAUGGCAUGAGGACUGCCUUUGGAGACAAAAUGCAGACCUUGGAGGACAGAUUCACGACCGUUAUGGGAGAGCUGAACAACAUCAGUGCUCCUGUGGGCAUGGAUGGAGCAGUGGUGCCUGUGCUGGAGGGAGAGCUUGCUAGCAUAAGGAAGCAUACGGACGAGAGAUUGGAGGUGUUGCAGAAUCGCCUCAUCACGCUGGAAAGCACUUGUUCCCUGGGCUGCACCUCUGCUUCCAAAGAUGUGGAGACCUUCCGGACAGAGAUUGAAGACUGCCAGAACAAGAACCAGGACCUGCUCCUCCGGAUGGACAGCAACUACGACCUCCUCAGCAAGCUGAAUGCCACCAUUCUGGAGAUCCAGCGGCGAAUAGAGGAAGAAGCAUCAGGAGGUUUGCAAGGGGAGAUCACCUUGCUAAAGAUCAACCUGAAUACCAUGAGCAAGUCUCUGACAGGGCUCAAGGACUCAGUCUCCCAGUACUCAGACACUGUGUCACACGUCAACUCUUCACUGGAUGAGCAUGAGCGAAAGAUCGAGGACGAGGUCCACUCCAUCCAGGAGAAAGUCAGCGACCAAGGCUCCCAGCUGUUCUUCAGCAAUCGGCGUGUCCUGAACCUGAAAGGAGACUUGGAGCGACUCAAAGCCAGGAUUGUCAGUGAUCUGAGCUCCUGCAAAAACGUGGCCCAUGACCUGCAGCAGGAGAUCUCUCACUUCGACGACCGGGUGUCCCGAGUGGAGAGCGUCUGUGGCAGGCUGGGUACCGUCACGGGAAGCUUGGAUGUCAUCAGGGACGAACUGGAGAAACACACAGGCAGUCUGUGGGACUACAUGGACCAUAUGAACAGGACCCUGGCUGCCCACUCUCAGGAAAUAACAGGACUGAAGGACAACCUGCUUGACUGCCAAGCCAAAGUUUCUGAGCUGGCGGAGCAGGUCAGCCACUUGGAGGAGCAGGCAGAUGGAAAGCAGCAUUAGCCAUCCUGAAACUUGCUUCUUUUUUUUCUCCUCGUCCUGCCUUGAAGAACAGAAUUAACUUAUAUCAUACAGACUUACUCCAAUGUGACAACAGUUCUUUGGAUAUUUUUUUAAUGAAAAUAUAAAUUAAAAGCUGCUACAACCUCUUCUUCCCCAUCCCCCUUUUUUUUAAAACUUACCAGCCCUCCUUUUCCCUUGCCAUUACCGUACUUCCCUCCUGAUGUUUAGCAGCUGUACUGACACUGUGUAGCAAGGUGCCUGCCUCUGUAACUGGGGGUAUUGUUUUGGCUUCUGGACUGAUGACUCCAGAAGGGCAAUUCAAGAGGAAGCGGGAGGGGGGAAUUUUUUUUUUUUUUUUGGAUUUAUCUCUUCUUGAAGAAUAAAACCCUGUAGUUGUGUUGUGAGUUGAGGAAUAGAGUUUCUCUGGCCUAAAGACCACCUGCAUCUUAAUCCAGAGAGUAAAGAGAGCCAGGGCUCCUUAUAGGCAGCAAAACUUGCGACAGGAAUUACGGAUUUCAAAGACAACAAGUAUUCGCACAUCCCCCUGGACUGUAUUCCCCUCUUCGAGAUGUCAGCCCUCCUUGUGUAAGGUAAAUCUGUUUAUACACUUCAUGCAAAUGCACAUGCUCUACAGAGCAUAUGAGGAUAUGCAUUAGGAAAACAUAUAGUUUGAACAAUCCACUGUCAUGGUGCUUGUCUGAUUGCAAAGUUUUUCUUGGUGUUCCCCCUUUCCCUUGCCAUAUUUUGAAAAACCACACUGAGCAGUUAACGACUGCCACAGCGGCAUUUGCAGGAAGGCCACGCAGUGCCUUGGCGGUGCUGUGCUUUGUGAUCCCAUUGUACUUUGCUCUCUGGUUGCACCUGGGACUGGCACAAAGGGUUACGAAAAGCUUGUGUCUUCCCUGAUGAACCACAGCCCUUUGCAUGUUACUGAAGACACGUGUCUGUAGAUGCCUGAAGAACAGUCCUGCCCUCCAGCUCUGGCACUCUUCUGUUUUAUUGCUUAAACUGUGAAGAUGGGUUCCCUUGUGUCCUUGUGGGGAAGGUGAGGUCCAGCUCUGAGAGGGAGGAGGCACCAGUUCUGCAGGGAGUCAUAGCAUUUCCCUUUCCAGCAGCACAGGAGCACAAGCCUGCUUCCUCCUCGCAUUCAUCUGCUAACGCUGCCCAGGAACCCACUCCCUUAGCAAGCGCCAAGGAAGAGGAGGAGGAAGGUAGGGAUCCCUCACAGCAUCUCUGAGAAGCGAGCCAGGACAUGUCCUUGGCUCAGCCAUGGGGAAGGGUUGACCCCCCCCACUCGGGGGCCUGAGCCAGGCUGCAGGAGGUACAAGAGACCUGGGUGAUUUGCCCAAUGUCACUCUGGUUUCCCAUGAAAACACAGACUAGAAAAGGCCAUACAAGCUCCUGAGUGACUCCAGAUUCACCGUGUGGAUCUGGUGCCCCUCCCGCAUAGCCGUUCCCCACAAAAUCCACCUCCUCAGAGAGGCCAGGCAUGGGCCUCCUCUGCUGUUCAGCCUGUAGGGACUUUAUUAUCAGAAAGGAUGAAGAGGAAAUGAAAGAUCCUCCAUGACCAGCUCUGGCACUUUAUAGCAGAGGAAUACGUUUUUCUGUGGGCUCUGCACGGCAACUAACUGAGCCUUUCACAGCAGCUAGCCUUCAGCCCUGCUGCUGCCUUGCUAUGCGUCCUUGCUCUUCCCCACCGUGGUUUCCCGAGUCAGGACAAACGGUGGAAGUAGUAAGCACCACACAGCCUGCUGCAUCCACCCGGGAGCUGCUCUCUGCUUACAAGGCAGCAGCAAUGCCCAGCUGAGGGGCAACAGGGACAACUUUUCUCCUCCAUCCCAUCCCAGCUGAGUUAGCUCCUUCAAACAGAAGCUCCAAGGCUGGAAGGAACCACAAGGAUCACCAAGUCCUGCUGGCCAUGUCGUGUUACCCUGAUACGGUAGAAACGUUUUCUCCUGCUACGCAAGCUUGCAGCAUCCAGCUGGCAGUACGAGCAGACCAAACCUUCCACCACACUUUUACCACCUGUCUGCUUGGACUGAGGGAUGCUCACAGCGACAAAAUCCACUUGCUCUACUCCUUGCUGAUUUGGGGCAAGGCUGCCACUGCUGAGACUCUUGUUCAGCUGAGGGAGGAAGGAGCUGAGGAGCAAUAUCCAGCUGCCUUUGGCCAUCCCAAAGAAACUGCUGUUAGAGCACAAAGACAGUUUCAGCCCCAGCCAAAGAAGAGGGUUUCAAGCCAGCCCUUGGUCCUGUUUAAUGGUCCAGGGAGCCCUCUCCCCUCCUGCCCUAGCCAACCUCCAUAUCUUGUCACAAGAGGGAGAAAAAGGGCUGCAGCAACCAAAGAGGAAAAACUAACCAAGCACCAGGCUAAUGGUAUUUCCAGGCAGGCUAGUAAGCCACAGCUUGGUUUAGAGAACAGCUGAAUAAGAACAGCUCCCUCCAGCACAGAGGGAGCUGCGACUGUUGGUAACAAAGCUAGGACAGGAGAAGCAAGGAAGAAAUCCACCUUCCAGAAAAUGGUGCUAUGUUGGACUGUUCCUGCCUAGUCACUUGAAGAUAUGGACAGUUUGUAUGUCAGUUCCCAGCUAUUCAUGCUCCAAAAAGUGAAAUGAACUUUGUGUAAAAUAGGGCAUUUGCUGCUUGCAAAGAGGGAAGGAUACUGGCCUUGUGGUUGUUCUUGCACUGGGCAGAUUUCUGAGGGGGCUGGCGACUGAUCCUGUUAAGAGGCUGUGUUUUAUUGGUUUUAAAACCUUGUACA